AUGUCUGCUGCCACAGAUUUGGAGGUCACUUCGGAUGCAGCAGGUGCGAUUGGCUUUGGCGCCUAUUCUCAAGGCCAGUGGUUUUAUGGUGCCUGGUCAACGGUGCAGGCCAGGCAAUCUAUUGCAUACCAAGAACUCUUUCCUGUGGUGAUUGCUGCUCAUCUUUGGGGAUCUUUGUGGGCCAGGAAGCAUGUCCUUUUUCGCUCAGAUAACGAGGCUGUAGUCGCGAUUCUCACGACCAGGACUUCGAAGGUUCCAGCUUUAAUGCACCUUCUCCGUGAUCUUCUGCUCUCGGCGGCGCGUUGGGGUUUUACUUUCACUGCUGCUCAUGUUCCUGGAGUUGAGAACAAAAGUGCUGAUGCUGCCUCUCGUUUCCGUUGGCAGGAGUUCAGGCAGCUGGCCCCGGAGGCUCAUUCGUCCCCUUUCCGAACAACGGUGCUUGCAUUUCCUGGCCCAGGGUCUGGCUCCUUCCACCCGGAAAGCUUAUGCGUCAGGUCAACGCAAGUUCGUCGAAUUUUGCCGCCAAGCUGGAAAGCUCCACUCCAAUGGCUCGCCUUCCCUGCAGACGAGUGGACUUUAUGUUUGUUUGUUUCAUUUUUGCAGAUUCGAUUCAGCAUUCUUCAAUUAAAGUUUAUUUAUCUGCAGUUCGCUCCUUGCACAUUGAGCAAGGUUUUCCCGACCCUUUGCUUAAUUGCUUGCAGCUUCAACGAGUGUUGAGAGGGGUCAAGCGUUCCCAGGGUUCCCCGGCUGCUCAGCGCCUUCCGAUUACUGACAGCCUUCUCUUGGUCAUUCAUCGGGCGUUCGACCUCAAGUUUUCUGAUCAUUGCGCCUUUUGGGCAGCCUGCAUGUUGGGUUAUUUUGGUUUUCUCCGUGCUGUUGAAUUUGCAGUCCCCAAUUUAGCCAGCUUUUCUUCAGCUAUUCAUCUUUCAGUGGCUGACAUCACAGUGGAUUCGCACCAGUCGCCAACCUGCCCCCGUGUUAGGAUAAAAGCAUCGAAAACGGAUCCGUCCCGUCAAGGCUGCCACAUCCAUAUUGGUCUGGGAAGGGCACCCCUCUGCGCAGUUCAAGCUUUGCUGACAUACCUCUCCGUACGAGGAAAUGUCCCUGGCCUGUUGUUCCUUCUUGCGAAUGGUCAACCUCUGUCUCGCGCAAUCUUGACCGAUUGGCUGCGGCAAAUCUUCUCUACCGCAGGGAUUGAGGGCAAUUUCUCCAGCCACAGCUUCCGCAUUGGGGCAGCCACGGUAGCAGCUUGCAACGGCAUUCCUGACCACCUGAUUCAGGCUCUUGGACGUUGGACUAGCAAUGCAUACCUGCUUUAUAUUCGCACGCCUUCGGAAGCUCUUGCAGGCUUCUCUGGUCAGCUGGCUUGACAUCGUGUGUCCUUGCCGUUGGUUAUUCCCAGCUCCUUCUGCAUUGCGGUCCAGUUUAGCACCGAAUUGUUCGGGGCUUGCACUGCCGUUUUUGGCGUUGCUCUCACUGUCAGCUGCUUUCAUUUGGUAAGUGUGUCUGUUUUUCGAUGCAACUGCUACGCUUGGUACUUGGGGUUGCUGGAGUCGGAGGUUCCAUUUCAUCCUUGUUCACUGGCCCCUCCUUUUUCAAGCACCAAGGAGAUCCUGGUUGGGUGGGGGCCGCUCGCAGGGUUGCCAUGGAUACCUCCUCCUCAUGCUAG